GGUCAAAUUCGAGGAACUGCUGCUACAUAUAUUGUGGAAAUUCAAUACAAGUUUGCAUGAUUGAAACCUGUCAGAUUAAAAUCCUACGAAACCUAAAACAAUCAUUACAUACGAGCAUCAAGAGCGCUUGAGAUACCUAUCUCUAAACAAUACAAUCUCACAUCACAUCACAAUGUCUAAUAUCAACGAACCACCACCACCUUACACCGAGAGUGCCACUCCCAACCAUCCCCACAAAACCCGAAGUGGUAUUCCUCCCCAAAGCCGCCGUUCUAUGGAAGACGAAGCGCGCGCUCUUCCUCCUGGCUGGAUCCGUCAAUACGACACAGAAAGUGACCAUCAAUUUUUCGUCGACACCAGACAAACGCCUCCCCGCUCCAUCUGGCGUCAUCCCUACGACGACGACGAAUAUCUCUCUUCUCUCCCACCCAAUGAACGUCAAAAAAUAGAAGGUCUGCACCGAGUCCCCAGCGACGCCGACCUCGAAGCCGAAAGCACAGAUGAUGACUCUGCACUUCCUGCACGUUCUCAGAACGCCCGUCCCAACGAGCAAAAUCCCAGCGGAAUCCACAAACUGGGUCGAAAAAUGAAAGACAAACUAACCAAUUCCACGCAUCCGGAACGAGAAGCCCGACGCAAAAAGCGAGAGGAAGAAGAAGCUGCUAUGUAUCGACGACACCAAGCCAUUCGCGACGCAAUGCGCAGGGCGAUUCAGACAGGCGAGCCACAGUUACUGGGCAAGGAUCGCGAGGGCAAAGAUGUGUAUAUUGAACCUCCGAGAAAUGCUGGAGGUUAUUAUCCGUCCUCCGGAAUGGCGGGUGCGGGAACUACGAGAUUGGGUAUGUAUCCUGCGGGUGGAUAUGGGUAUAAUCCAUUUAUGCCUGGCGGAGGUGCGUUUGGACCAAGUCCGUAUGCGAUGGGAAUGGGUGCGUAUGGAAGACCGGGGAUGCCGUAUAAUAGGGGCUAUGCGAGGGGGUAUGGAGGGGGAGCGGGACUGCCGUUAGCGAUGGGAUUGGGUGGGGGGUUGAUGCUGGGGGGAUUGAUGUGUUAGGUGAUUUGGUGGUGGAGAUGGGAAAUAGGACGUGAUGAAUUAUAAUUACAGAAAUGCAAGAUAACUCUUGUGAGAAUGAGUUGUGAGAUUGCGGUGCUUUCGGAUGAGAUUCAUGGAUAACCAUGGGAUGAGAGGGUGGGAAAGGGAAGGGAAACAUGAAUAAUGACAAGAGUUUUCUUUUCAUACUGAAAAAUCAGUAAUACCUAGGUAGUGACAGAAUACCCAGGACGAGGAAUUUUCAAACCCCCA